AUUGGGAGUAACAGGCUUAAGUAAACGUAUUCGUUUAGAAGAAGCAUCAAAUUUACAAAAAUCAAAAUAUGAUCAUUAUUUCUAUGAUAGAUUAUCUUUAUUAAGAUCUAAUCUAAAUAUUAAAUAUAAUAAUAAAUUAAAUUAUAUUCAAUUGAAUUCACCAUGGGAUUAUGAAUUACAAAGAUUUUUAAUAAAAGGUGGACGUCAAUUAAUCCCAUCGAAAAGAUUACAACAUUGUCAACGUUCUAUACAAAGUGCUGGUUCAUGUUUAUUACAAGAAUAUAAAAGAAAACAAAAUGAAUAUCAACAAGACAUUGAACAGAAUCAUGAUAUUUUACAUCAGGUUAAUAAAGUGGAUCAUGGUGAUGAUGAUCGUGGUGACGGUGAUGGUGAUCGUGGUGAUGGUGAUGAUGAUGAUGAUGAUGAAUUUUGGAAUAUUGAAUUCAAUGCAAAUGAUGAUUCAUCUAGAAAACAUUCCACAUCAGCUGAUAUAAAUGCCUUACAUAGAAAGGAUAAUAAUAACAACAGUAAGGAUAAUAUAAAAUCAUACCAUUUACGUAUCACACUCAAUGAUAUAAUACAAAAAAUUGAAGAUAAUCAAGGUAUGGACAUUCAUACCUUUAAUUAUUUAACAAAUUCUACUUCAUCAUGUAAUGCUCUAGUUCAAUCAGGUUAUCGUACGAAGACAUCAUCAGCAUCAUCAUCAUCAUCAUCAUCGUCGUCAUCUUCAUCAUCAUCUUCAACACCAACAUUUCCUUCUUCUCCAUUCAGUGAAAUUCCUGAUGAUUCUAAUGAUGAAAUUGAUAUGUCUAAUGAAUUCAAAUUACAUUCUAUGAAAAAGAUACGGCCUAUAAAUCUAUUUAAACGGAUUAUUAUCGCUGGUCUACUGCUACGUGCAACAUUGAAUCUUAUCAGACCAAUACAAGAAUUGAAAGAUGCUAAAUUACGUAGUAAAAGUGCUCAAACAUUUGUUGAACUUCAAAAGAAUAUUGAAGUGAAAUUAAAUAUUGAUCAUUUAGGAUUUGAUAAAUAUGCAUAUAAAAUCAAUCGUGAAAAAUAUCUUACACAUGAUGCAGUGAAAAUACUCACUUUACCAAGUAAAUAUCGUACAGAAUCAAUGAUUCAUUCAGCAACUGUAUCUGUUAUUGCAACAACAGAAGCAUUCAGUGAAUUCCCAAUUGCUAUGCAAAAAGCAAUUAUAGAAAAAGCAUGGUAUGAAAAAUAUGAAGCUAGACGUAUGAUAAUUCGACAAGGCCAACCACCAUUAAAUUUCUACUUCAUCAUUUCAGGUUCUGUGGUUGUUAGUGUAUCAAGAAAAAAUAAACAAACAGGAGAACCUUAUGAAGAGACUGUAGCUUUUUUAAAAGCUGGACAAAGUUUUGGAGAAUUAGCUUUAAUUUAUGGUGGUAAACGUAGUGCAACAAUUAUAUGUAAAACAUCAGUAGAAUUAUUAGUUAUGUCACAUGAUGAAUUUAAUAAAAUCUUUAUGCAAAAUACUCAAAAUCAUGAAGCUGAACAUAUAACAUUCUUACGUACUAUACCAUUUAUACCAAAUCAAAUUAUAAAUCAUUUAACUGGAGUUGAUAGUUCUAUUUUAUUAUUUACAUUUUUUAGACGUAAUGUAACCAUCUGUAUUGAUAGUAAUCAAAGUAAUUGGAUUUAUAUUGUUAAAACAGGACAAUGUAGAAUUCUUAAAGAUGUUGAAUUAAAACCGAAACAUUUCAAGUCAACAGUUAAAACUCAUAGACCUAAAACUGAAUUCCAAUAUUAUUUUGAUUCGUCCAUUCACAAUGAGAAAUCGAAAUCGGAUACUCGAAAUUCAACUAAGAAAUUAGAUAAUGAAAAUGUUAAAGUAUUUAUAGAAUUGAAAAUAUUGGAACCAAACAGUGUAUUUGGUUUAGAAUCUAUUGCAUUUGAACCAUUCGGUGGUACAACAUCCGUUUCAUUAGUAUCUGAUGGAGCAGAAUGUGUUGCAAUUAAUAAAAAAUUCUUUAUUGAACAUUGUCCAACAAAUUUUUUAAAUUGGUUACGAUCCAAGGUUCAACCAUUUCCUAGUGUUGAAGAAUUGGAAUCAAAAUUGAAUACUUAUCGGGAAUGGAAAAUUUAUCGUAAUCAAGUAGUUCAGGAUAGCACUUCUGGUACUAAAUGAUGUGAUGUAUGGG